GGUCACCGAACCUAACCUCAAACAACUGCUUGUCACAAUAACUUGUACGAGUAAAAAUGUCUUCUGAAUCUCCAGAAUUAUCGAAAUAUGCUAAACAAAGAAUCGAGAAAAACCGCCAAAGAGCUUUAACAAUCAAAAAGUCUAAGCUGGUGUCUCAUCCGUAUUCGAAAGGAGAGGUAGUCUCUAUAGAAAAAUCCACCAUAAAAAUAGGAGCUACGAGGUACAAGGACACAGGGGGUGGCUUUCUUUUGGAAGAACCUGAUCCAGAGAGCCUCUUGACACCCGACGUUGUUGCAGCAUUCGAUGCUGCACCUAUAGUCGAAGAAGACCGUCCUUCUUGCAAAAAAUGUGAAAAACCAUUUGCCACAUCAUGGUUGUUUGAAAAUUUCGAUUACAAGUGUUGUGAUGAGUGCAAGGAUCCUGAGGAACAUAAACUUAUAACCAAAACUGAAGCAAAGGACACCUAUUUGCUGAAAGAUUGCGACUUCGACAAGAGAGAACCCCCACUGAAAUUCAUAACAAGAAAAAAUCCCCAUAAUGUCAGAUGGGGCGAAAUGAAGCUGUACCUGCUGAUUCAAGUUGAAGAGAGGGCUUUGGAAGUGUGGGGCAGUGAAGAGGCGUUGGAAGAAGAACGGGAAAAACGUGAGGAAAAGAAGGUGCUUGCUAAAACAAAGAAGUACCAUAAACAUCUCAAGGAACUAAGGAUGAAUAUGAGGAGCAGUUUGUAUGAUAGAACUACCAAGGCAUCUCAUACACACGAAUUUGGUCCAGAAACUUACAAUGAGGAUGAUGAUACUUACACUCACAGUUGUUUAACUUGUCCUUAUGAAGAGACAUUUGAAAAAAUGUAGCUGGGCUUCAUUAUUGAAUUUUUGCUUUAUUUUUUAUACACUUAUAUAUAUUUUUUGUCUGUUUUUACAUGUACUAUAUACAAGAAACAUUUGAGAAAAUGCAAGUCAGCUUCAGGAACAUUCUAAAUUUUUGUUCUCAACUAAUUUUUACUUUACUCUUUAUACACUUAUACAAUUUUUGUUUGUUUUUUGAUGUACUAUUAUUGAAUAAAUAAUCUUUCAAGAAA